AUGUCGGGCUGGAAGAAUAUCAUCGUUGAGGUUUAUAAAGCCUAUGACCCCCAGCAUGUUCCAUUCUCAUUCGACCAAUGGUGGCAUUCCCAGUCCAUCGGCUACCAGCUCGAUCCGUCAGGUUCUGAACCCUCAGUCAUCAUACUGAAUCUUCGUGAAGGCUUGGCUGACUACCCCGGCAUGGAUACUCGCUUCACUGUCAACUUGAACACGCGAAGAGUGAUUGACAAAGUUACCAAAUCACGGGUGCCAGUACCUCAGGAGGUGCUUCCGUCACUGGACGAGAUAGAGAAGUAUGUGAGGAAAACGAUAACGAAUCAGAAAGAGGCUGCAGAGCGGGCGGUGCUCGCGCGUUUAGAGCGCAAACGCAAGGCCGAGGAGGAGCGUGCGGCACAAGUUCAUGACUUUUAUGGUCGUUUGGAAGAGCACGGACUCUGGGUGCCUCCACAGGAUUCAGAGAAUGACGACUACGAAGAUUUCCAGGAUACCCAGUGUAUCCUGUGUUCUUCUACACUUGUAAAUUGCCUAACCUGCCAUCGACUAUGCUGUUGUCACUCUCCCGUGGAUGACGAUCCAGAGCGCACGGAGAGCGAUUCCGAAGAUUCGUUGGAAGUUCCGGACACCGAUGAAGACGACACGAAAGGGUGCCGUGCUUGGUGUAUGGACAAACUGCGGACGUGUGUCGGACAUGGCCAGCGCUCCUUCUGCGAGUCCUGCCGAGGCGGAAAAGAAGGCGAGGCGGAGAAGCUGCUUGCGUGCCCAUCAUGCGGCACAUGGGAAUGCGCAGAAGAUCUUUAUUGGUGCAUUGGUCGAAUCCCACCUCAAUCUGCGGAGACGGAUGGCUCUGCAGGUUCGUUGACACCGUCUUCACCUGAAGGAACUACCGGACGACAUCCCCCGAAGCACGCCUGCUCUCAGUGCGUGAAGGAUGGAAGUGCAGAUUGGAUGGUCUGCGCCUGUAUUCGCUGCUGGUCGUUGCAAAAUGCACCACUCAAAGGCAUCGUAUAUAAAUACGUUUGCAGAGAGUGUUCACCCAAGGGAGACCUGGCGAGUCCCCGGUACUCCAAUGUCCUCGCUGCAAAGAAUACUUCUGUGAGGAACGAUGCGGCUUGA